AUAGACUUCGUUCGCUGUUUCUCUGUUCCCACUUAUGGAAGCACGUGUUUCGGCGGGACGCAGAAAUAACGAAUUAUUUCGAAAAGCACUUAGAUUCUUGUGAAGAAUUAUUUGACACUUAUCAAUAUGACUGUCGACUAUGUAAAAAGGAAUUAGUUAUUGUGGUUUUUAUGUUGAUUUUACAAACUAUAAAAGUGAUUACAGUUUGAUGUGAGCGUAAAAAAUUAUUAGUCUUAAAAUUAUUUGAAUCAAUACAGUGUUUAUAAGACUUGGAAACAUCAUUUCAAAUAUGUGAAAUAGUUAUAAGGAAUUAAUUAACCAUUAUAUAACUUUUGAUAUUUUCAAGAAAACAAGAAAAAUACAAUGGAAUCCAGUGAAUUCGUGAAUCGUUACAGAAAAAGAAAUUUUAAUUAAAUUUAUUUCAACUUCAAUAUUUUUGCCAUGAAAAUAACUCCACAUCUUGUGGAAUUCUCCAAACGAACCGAAGUUAUAUACUUUAUAAAUUCUUUGAAAUAAGUCCUAUGAAAAAAGUAUUUAAAUUUUCUAAAAAAGAAAAAGUGAACUGUAUGUUUGACUGUUGAACGUAAUAUGUUAUCUCUUGCAAACUGUGUGAAUGCUUAUUAGUAGUUAAGAAGAAAUAGCAACUUCAUUAAAAAAUGAAAAUCUAUAUCCUCUGCGCAUUGGUACUCAUUUAUUCUCAUCUAAUUGGUCCAAUCAGCACAGCUGAUGACCAACAAGGUCCUCGUUUCGUCCAAGAACCUCCUCGCAGUAGAGUUGAUUUUGCAAAUGGUACUGGCACUGUGCUGACCUGCAGUGCUCAUGGCAAUCCCCAACCUAAAAUAACAUGGUUAACAGGAGGUAAUAUGGCCGUUAGCGACGUCCCGGGUUUGAGACACGUCAGACCAGAUGGGUCGCUUGUAUUCCUACCAUUCAGACCCGAAGAAUACCGACAGGAUGUGCAUGACGCCAUAUACCGAUGCGCAGCUUCGAACAUCGUGGGAACUACUCUUAGCAGAGAAACGAAAGUGAGAGGAGUGGUGCAGCAGCCGUACGCAGUAGAUGUCUACGACGAAUUCGUGAUGCGAGGGAACACUGCAGUACUGAAAUGUCAUAUUCCGGGUCUAGUGCAGGACUAUGUGACGGUUACCUCUUGGAUACGAGACGGCUCUUUUGUCAUACGGCCAACGGCUUUAGCAGGUGACCGAUUCAGUAUAUUUCUUACUGGUGAACUUCAUAUCCGGAGGGUCGAUCAUAAUGAUGGUCUGCAGAAGUAUAGAUGUGAGACGAGGCACCGCCUGACGGGGGAAACAGUUCUCAGCGCCACAUCUGGAAGGUUACUCGUUACAGAAACUUUUAGAGAUGCACCUCCCCGCAUUACGGAUAGCAAACGCAUGUUGCGGAUACCUGAAGGAGAAACUCUGGAAAUCCCCUGUGCCUCCCAGGGAUUUCCUGUACCGACCUAUGAAUGGUAUAAGAAAGAAGGCAGGGACAGGCUGUCGCCUCUUCAGAUAGGAAAUAGACUCCUACAGUUGGACGGAACUCUCGUGCUCAGGGAAACCAGAGUGGAAGACUCGGGACAGUAUGUUUGCAAGGUCCAUAAUAAGGCCGGUUCCGAUUCGGCAGAGACUGAGAUUCUUGUUACGGCUCCUCUGUCGGCACAAGUGCUGCCCAAAAUGCAGAGCGUAGACGUAGGCAAGUCUGCCACUUUCAAUUGUUCUUCGAGCGGACAUCCCGUGGUUACGAUUGAGUGGAUGAAAGACGGAAUGCCCCUGAGAGCUGGCUCUCGGAUAGAAUUUCCGUCUCGAGAUGUCGUUCAUCUGACCUAUGUCCAGCGUGACGACAAGGGCAUGUUCCAAUGUUUCGUGUCCAAUGACUUCGAUUCAGCCCAAGGCACAGCACAGCUCUCUUUAGGUGAUUAUCCUCCCACUCUUUUGGAAAUUUUCACUGAUCAGACCUUGGAGCCAGGUCCUUCAGUAACGCUGAAAUGUGUGGCUCAAGGCAAUCCGCUUCCACAAAUUAUCUGGACUCUGGAUGCUGGUGCAAUACCUGAAAAUCCUCGUUACCGAUUAGGAGAUUAUGUUCGAACUGGAAGAGAUUCGACUGAAGUAGUUAGCUACGUAAACAUUACAUCUGUGCGGCCAGAAGAUGGUGGCUUGUACGAAUGCGAAGCUUCGAAUGAUGUUGGAAAGGCAACACACUCUGCCAGGCUGAAUGUGUUUGGUCCACCCUUUGUAAGAAGCAUGUCUAACAUGUCUGUUGUGGCUGGUGAAACCCUUAGAUUGCAGUGUCCUGUGGGUGGACAUCCAAUCGAAAUUAUUAAAUGGGAGAAAGAUGGAGUGAGACUACCCAACAAUCAUCGUCAAAAAGUUUUCCCUAAUGGAACAUUAAUUGUCAGAAAUGUUGAGAAAGCUUCUGAUUCUGGACCUUAUAAAUGCUCUGCUUCCAACGCGGAUGGAAUAACAGCAGAAAAUUCCUUGUUCAUUAAAGUAAUAGUGAAGCCACUUAUUGAGCCUUUCACAUUUCCAAAAUCACUUCAGACCGGACAGCGUUUCAGCGUGCUGUGCACCAUCACGGAAGGCGAUCCACCCAUUCGAAUCCAAUGGAUUAAAGAUGGGGUGCAGUCAUUUCUAUCAUCCUCUCAGGAUGGAGUGCGUUCUGUUGUCGUCACACCGUUCUCUACGACUCUCGUGUUCGAAUCCCUGUCACCAGAGCACAGAGGGAACUACACAUGCGUGGCUUCCAAUGCUGCGGGAACAAUGAGCCAUACCGCUCCAAUGGUAAUUCACGUCCCUCCCCGUUGGAGAAUAGAACCUGGAGACACCAGUGUCACCAAAAGUAGGUCUGCUGUUGUUGACUGCCAAGCAGAUGGAUUUCCUAUACCUAGAAUUCGAUGGACUAGAGCAGAAGGUGACGUAGCUUCGGAGUUUCGACCAAUCAGCAGCAGCUCCAGACUUCACGUCUUUGAAAAUGGUUCUUUAGUUAUUCACAGUGUUGAAGAAGGAGAUGAUGGUCAUUAUUUGUGUCAAGCCACCAAUGGUAUUGGACAGGGCCUAAGCAAAGUCAUAAGGCUUUCAGUUCACGUUGCUGCUCAUUUCAAAAGCAAGUUUCGAGCUGAAAGUGUUCGAAAGGGAGAAGAUGCCAAAUUGAUAUGUGAAGCAAUUGGAGAUCGACCUCUACAGAUCACAUGGCUGAAGGACAAGCAAUCAUUUGAACCACAAAUGGAUUUACGGUACGAAUUAACAGAAACUGUUCUUGGAAGUGGAACUACCUCUGAAUUAACUAUUCGUCGAGCAGACCGACGAGACUCCGCUCUUUAUACGUGUAUAGCAUCUAAUGCAUUUGGCCAAGAUGAUACUAAUAUUCAAUUAAUUAUGCAAGAACCUCCGGAUGCUCCGCAAGAUGUGAAAGUUUUGGAAUUUGGAAGUCGAACAGCCAAAUUAGGUUGGUCUGCACCAUACAGUGGGAACAGCCCUAUAACUCAGUAUAUACUUCAUUAUAAAGAAGAAGCAGAUAGAUGGCAGCAAAAGUCAUGGAACAUAACGAUUCCUGGAAGUGAAAAUAAUGCCGUCGUAAGAGGAUUACAACCUGUUACUUUCUAUCAUUUUCGAUUAUACGCAGAGAAUAUUCUAGGAAGAAGUGAACCUAGUAAUGUAGUUCACCUGCGCAUGGAUCAAGAAGCACCCGGAGGUCCACCCCAAAAAGUAAAAGCACGGGCAACUGGAGCACAUAUUGUGAAAGUCACUUGGAAGCCGCCAAGAAAAGAUCUGCAAUUUGGUUUGAUAAAAGGCUAUUAUGUGGGAUAUAAAGAAGUUGGUUCAAAGGACACGUUCAUUUACAAAACUCUAAAUGCUAAAGGAGGAGAAAAUUUCGUUGAAGAAACUCAGCUUACAGAUUUAAAUAAAUUCACAGAAUAUGCAAUUAUUGUGCAAGCAUUCAACGCCAAAGGCGCUGGGCCGCCUUCUGAUCAAGUAACGGUGAAAACACUGCAAAAUGAUCCUCCUGGAAGUCCGGUUGUGAAAGUAACCUUUUCAAAUCAAACAGCAAUCGGACUAUCCUGGGACCAGACUGAGACGGAAAAUCCAGUCCAAGGUUACAUCCUUUAUCACAAAUGGGACAUGGGCGAUUGGCAAGAAACAGAACUUUCAGCAACAGAAAUGGAAUACGCUCUCAAUGAUUUAAAGUGUGGAUCGCGUUAUCAAUUCUAUGUUACCGCUUUUAAUUCUGUUGGACGUGGUGCGCCGAGUGAUAUAUUGAGAACGAAGACUGAUGGAAGAGCUCCCGUUGCACCAGACAAGCAAUCCAUGCUCACCAUAAAUCAAACUAACGCAGCGGUGCAUUUGGAUGCGUGGCACGACGGUGGUUGCCCUCUUACAUCUUUUGCUGUGAGAUACAGGCAACAACGUCAACAAGUGUGGAAUCUAGUAACUGAAGGUGGACCAGAAGGGGCAGGCCGAUCUCAUGACCGACUUCGCAAUCAAGUGAUACUAGAUGACUUGAUACCUGGAACGUGGUACAGGCUUCAAGUGACUGCUCAUAAUGAAGCUGGUUCAACUGAUGCUGAAUAUACAUUCGUCACAAAUCCUAUAUCACCAGAUACUGCUCCUGUUUAUCCAGUAAACGAUGACAAUGCUCAAGAACUUCCUCUGUACCUAGACAUUAAUAUUCUUGUUCCUGCUGCUGUUUCCUUAGCUGUUGUCAUAGCAUUAGUCAUCCUUGUGUGUGUGAUAAUGUACAAAAGAAGCUCUCAAGACACGAAUCAGACAGGCGGGAACAGCGACACUUACAGCAAUCGUAAGUGCCAAGUUCACGAGAGCGUCCAGAUGACGAAAAUGGAGAAGAGCUCACUCAAGAAAACCCUCUCGGGAUCUGGAAGCCGAGGAGACUAUUAUCCUACGCCCUAUGCGACAACUAGGAUCUCAGCAGAGGAACAAAAAGAACAAGCAGCUAGGCAGGCUAUGGAAGAACCUUUGUACGCUACUGUAAAACGCACUCCUCGCCCACCGAGAUCUGAUUUUCACGUUUAUCAUUAUCCUGGUGAAAUGCCAGAAUUUUUCAUCCAAGCUUCAAAAGGGUCAUGCUUGGACGACGUCGGAGCUUCAUCGAGUAGUGUACUUUGGAAAGAAUCGCCAGAAACAGCCCUAAAAGAUGAAUACCACAGCGAUCAGUUACUUGCAGAUUGCAAUCGCUCUGGUGGAAGCAGAAAAUCUUACAGAUACUCACAAAGGUGAAGAUUUGCUUCGACUUGUAUAAUUGUAAAAACGGUUUUUAAUGAAAAACAGGCAACCGCUGUUUCACAUGGAAUGUACAACGAAAUUCUUGUUCUUUGGAAGCGGAAAUUCAAGAUUCUGAAUGUGGAAAACAAAGCUUUUCUGGAGAUGUUCAUUUUUCCAGCACGACUGCUACAACAGCUUAACAUCGGGUAUUUCCAUUAUACACCUCGGAAAGCGAACUGAUUGGAGUUAAUGGAGAUUUUUCUCACUUUACCAUGUGAACUAACUAAAGCACCAUUUAAAUACUCACUUCGUUAAAGACUUUCUUUCAGUACAUUCUGCAUAUUGACUUCAAAUUAAUGAAAAUUAUGGUCUGGGCAUUGAUUUAGAUAUCCAUUGCUGUUCUUUUCUAAAAAAAAAUGUAAUUCGGAAUCAAUUUUAAUUCUUUUUUCAAAAUCAAAGAUUAAAUUUAUAUAGAGCAAAAUAGAAGUAUAACUUAUUAACUUAAAAUUCAUAUUACUUCAAAAUGGGAUGCCAGUGUAAGUAAACUAAAUCACCCAUUAAGUCUGAGUAAUAUUUAAUUAUAUUUAAUUAAAACAACUAUUUGCAGUAUAUGUUUCU